CAAAUUAAAGGGUUGACAUCCCAAUUUGGUGGGAAAAUUUUACUAUAAAUAGAUUCAUAUCUUUCUUUCCAUAAUCACACUCUCCAUCUAAUCUUUUCUAUUCUCUACUACUAUUACUACUACUCUCUCUCUCUCUCUCUUAAACAAAUUAAUUAGCUCAAUACAUAUAUAUAUAUAUCUAUAAAUGGCAAUUCCAGUGAUUGAUUUCUCAAAGCUCAAUAGUGGAGAGAGCAGAGCUGAAACUUUGGCUCAAAUUGCCAAUGGGUGUGAGGAAUGGGGUUUCUUUCAGCUGGUGAAUCAUGGAAUUUCAGAUGUGCUGCUGGAAAGGGUGAAGAGGGUGUGUGAAGAGUGUUUUAAGAUGGAAAGAGAAGAAAAGUUCUACAAGUCAACAGCUAUGAAUUUGUUGAAUGAGUUGGGUCAAAAGAACAAUGGGGACAAAUUAGAGGAUGCUGAUUGGGAAGAUGUUUUUACUCUCAUGGAUGGUGCUGAAUGGCCUUCCAACACCCCUGGAUUCAAGGAAACAAUGGGUGAAUACAGGACAGAGCUAAAGAAGUUAGCAGAGAAGAUCAUGGAAGUGAUGGAUGAGAACUUGGGUUUACCAAAGGGAAACAUCAAGACAGCCUUCAACUGUGGAGUUGAAGAUAACGGUAAUGGUAAUAGUAAUGGUAAUGAAGCGUUUUUCGGGACAAAGGUGAGUCACUACCCUCCAUGUCCUCAUCCAGAGCUAGUGAAUGGGCUCCGAGCUCACACCGAUGCAGGCGGUGUGAUCUUGUUGUUCCAAGAUGACAAUGUGGGUGGCCUUCAAAUCCUUAAAGAUGGGAAGUGGAUUGAUGUUCAACCAAUUCCCAAUGCUAUUGUCAUCAACACAGGGGACCAAAUUGAGGUUCUAAGCAAUGGUAGAUACAAGAGUGUUUGGCACAGGGUUUUGGUUGGCACUAGUGGGAAUAGAAGAUCAAUUGCUUCUUUUUACAAUCCAUCACUCAAGGCUACCAUUGCUCCAGCACCUGAAUUAUUAUUGGUGGAGAAAUCUGCAGAUCAAGAUCACAAACACCUGGAUCAGAUUUAUCCAAAGUUUGUGUUUGGUGACUACAUGUCAGUUUAUGCUAAGCAGAAGUUCCUUCCCAAGGAACCAAGAUUCCAAGCUGUAGUGAGAGCAGUGUAAGAAAUAAUAAUAACAAGGAAAAAAUUAUAAUCUAUAUUAUUAUUUAUAUAAAUCAAUCAAUGUUUUAAA